GCCGCUAGUCACAGGUCGCCUGAAGGUGCCAAAAUUACGUCCGAGGACGUUCAAACGGACACGAUAUUGCGUCAUCACCGUCGUCACGAGCGAUCGAAGUUAUACCGGUUCGAAGGUUGCGGCGAGUUUUAGGACCUCUGGCGCCACCUCUGGCUAAACUGGCGUAACUGCAUGGCGCGCAGGGAAUAACUGAAGAGCUUGACGUUACCGAUUAGUUCUGCUUGUACUGGAGCGUCUGUUUUACCGUCUGUCGGUAAAAUAGAUUCUACAUCUAUCUAUUGUGGGUAAAACCAAAUCUCAAAUGUAGUCUCGCUAUUUUAGGCAUGGUUGCCAGUCUUUGAACUAUCUCGUCGAUGCCCCAAGCUGUUUGACAGUUCGACAUGUUAGAAUGAUGCAAAAUGUAACAGAAAAACAGAGUUAGUUGUCAGGCACAAAAUAAUUGUGUGGUCAGGGUUAAAGAUUUUGUCAAUGUAAUCAAAGUUUUGAAUUUCUUUCAGUAUAUUUGUUAGCUGCGUCUGGCUGUGUAAGUGUAACUUUGCAGAUAACAAUCAAUGGCUUCGAAAGUCUGGAUGUGGAAAGGCAUAACCGGCGUGUCAGGCCGGUGCAACGAUGUGCUCUACACGCGGCCGAAGUCGCAACUUACGCAGGAUCUCCUCGUAUUCUUCGGCGGUGACGUCCAGGAUACUCAAGAGAAUAUGGAGAAACAUUCGGAUAGCAAAGAAUAUAUAAAAUGGAGUUUGGAAAAUACCGCGACAAUACUCUCGGAACAGUUUCCUAGGCAUCAUGUAUUCGUCGUUCGCCCAGCCAGAAUGUCGGUAACUAAAUGCGCGGUGUUUAGUUGCUUCGAUAACUUUGUGCCGGGCGAUAAAUAUGGUACGCCAACUUUUCGCCCGAUGCACCAGGCUUUAAAACAUUUGAGACAACUCCUCCUUUGUUGCCUGGAACACGUUAAGACACUGGGAGCGAAAGAGGAUGUCGACAAUCAACGUAAUAUCGAAGCCGAGAGUGUGAGUCUGAUCGGUUUUAGUAAGGGAUGCGCAGUUUUGAAUCAAUUUCUACACGAAUUUCACUAUUACGACGAAAAUCCGAGCGACGACACCGACGUAAGAGACUUCGUAAGACUAAUCAGAGAUAUGUGGUGGUUGGACGGCGGACACAACGGUUCCAAAGACACGUGGAUCACGGAGCGGGAAGUGCUCGAGUCCUUCGCUAAAUUAAGGAUAAACGCUCACAUACACGUAACGCCGUAUCAAAUACGCGACAAUUUCCGGCCGUGGAUCCGCGCCGAGGAAAACAGCUUCAACGAGACCUUACGACGCAUCGGCGUGUCCGUACAGCGAGUCUUGCACUUUGGCGACAGUCCGAAGAGCCUAUCGUCGCAUUUCGGUGUUCUCGCGGACAUCGGAUGAGAAGAAACGUACUUUCCCUAGUCUAGACUGCUAAGUGCCAUCGCUAGAUAAAUUCGAGAAUAACUUGCUAAACUUGGAUUCUAACUUUCACGGUUUAUUGUUGCUUUUUACAAUCCUGAGCGACGAUUCUUAACGUGUCGAGCCUCGUUUCAUGAAACGAUGUCGGACAAGCGUCCUCUCAUAAAAAUCUGAUAUGACAAGGAUGUCCCAAACGUUUACCUAUCACACUGGGCACUUGGUUGCUACUCCUCUUAUCACAACGUACUAGUCCACGUGCACGCAUCACACGAAGGAGCAACAGCACUUUCCUGGCGACUUGAAUCACUGUUGACUCUCCUCGUAACAUCUGUUCGGGCAUUUCACUCUCGUUUCUGCAAAUGGUAAACAAUGAGACAUGUAGACGUUAACAAAUAUAUUACAUGAUGCGUUUGU